GUGCGCGUUCGCCCGCACCCCGAAGGCGGAGCGAGCCCGGGAAGGGGGCGGGGUCGUGGUGAGCCCUGAUUGGAUCUGGGACUGCCAGAGGGAGGGGCGGAGACUGCCCUGCGGACCGUACCUCCUGGACGGCUCCGCCUCCCCCGGCAGUGAGGGGGAGGAGCCUGAGGACGCCCCGCCCCCUCCUGACCCCGCCCCUAAGGAAGCCACGCCCCCUUCAGCGCCGGCCACGCCCCCCGAAUCCGACAGCGACGGCGAGGACCAAUCAGAGGAGUUUGACCCCUACGGGGGCUCCACGGAGGAGAACAGCGAGGACGAGGAGGGGGAGGGGCCGCCCAUCCCCCCCCUGCCGGGUGAGAGCCCCGCCCCCUUUCCCUUGUGGUGA